AAUCCAUUUGCAGCCAACAGAUAAAUAAAUUCCAGGGACCAUAGAAUUCUUGCAAACCCAUUCUUAAUUAAAAAGCCUGUUUUUCUGAGCUUCAUUUUCCCCCUUUUUCUGUGCUUGAACCUAAGCCAAGAAAGCAAAGAAGAUCACUCAUCAGCUAAGAUGCAGAGAGGAUUUCAAGCACUCUUUUCUCAGGGGAAUGUGCUCAAGGCUGCGGUCUUGAGACAUGUCCGCUUGGGCAAUCCAGCAAUGCGGCCGCUCAUGUUUGCCUGUCGUGAGUCGACAUCAGCUGCUCGUAUUGAAGAGCAUGGCUUCGAGAGCACCACGAUCUCUGAUGUUCUGAAAUCCAAGGGCGAAGGAGCAGACGGGUCGUGGCUGUGGUGCACUACAGAUGACAGCGUUUAUGAUGCUGUGAAGUCGAUGACUCACCACAACGUAGGAGCCUUGGUGGUGGUUAAACCCGGGGAGCAGAAGUCAAUUGCCGGGAUUAUCACUGAAAGAGAUUACCUCAGGAAAAUCAUAGUACAGGGACGAUCUUCGAAAUCAACCAAGGUUGGGGACAUUAUGACUGAAGAGAACAAGCUCAUUACGGUUGCACCUCAAACCAAAGUUCUGAAAGCGAUGCAGCUGAUGACAGAUAACCGUAUUAGGCACAUCCCAGUCAUUGAUGACUCGGGAAUGGUGGGGAUGGUGUCCAUUGGGGACGUUGUUCGUGCUGUGGUGACUGAGCACAGGGUCGAGCUGGACCGACUGAAUGCAUACAUACAAGGAGGUUACUAGGUGAUAACGACAAUAACCCCCUAUUACUUAAUAAACCAUGAGAUAAAUUCUCCGAGCCCUCCAGGUUGAGAAACCUGGCUCUUUGUAAAUAGCUUUCGUCGUCUUUUCCAGAACGAUGAUGGCUUGCAGAUGCAUGCAGCAUUGCAGCCUAUCAAACUUGAAACUUAUAAACCGCACUAUAUUACAGUCUGAACUAUCUAUUUCCCCUUGUUGAAACCAAUAAUCUGCACUGAACUACUUAUUUUCCCCUGUUGCCAUUACCUGUGCUUUUAAGUUUCAUUUAAACCGCGAA